UAUCUGCUCAUAAAAACUUCCCCUUUUUCAAGACACAAUGCAUUGUGUUGAUAGUUUCAGUGUCUCUUGCCUUCUCCAUGCAGCAGGUCAUUAGUGUCUGGGUGCGGGACCCGCGGAUACAAAAGAAUGACUUCUGGCAUGCCUACAUAGACUAUGAAAUUUGUUUACAUACCAACAGCGUGUGCUUCACCAAGAAGAUCUCUUGUGUGAGACGGAGGUUCAGUGAGUUUGUAUGGCUCAGGCAGAAACUACAAGCAAAUUCAAUGCUAAUGGUACAGCUACCAGAGCUGCCCCCAAAGAAUCCCUUCUUCAGCAUGAACAACGCUCAGCAGAUCUCUGAGCGGAUGAAAGGGCUCCAGAAGUUCUUGGAAAAGAUCCUCCUUAACCCCCUGCUGUUGUCUGACAGUUGCCUGCACCUUUUCCUGCAGUCACAGCUCAUUGUGUCCAAGAUAGAGGCCUGUGCUGCUGGAAGGACCCACUACUCUGUGGCUCAGGCAGUCCAGUGCUGCGGCCACAGGAGACUCAAGUUUGAUGUGGACUCGCAGACAGACGUCAGCAUGUCUUGUGACUCUGAUUCAGACAGGUAUCAGUGCAGAGAUGCAGAGCCACAGAUGACAGAUUUGGCAACAAACAAAACAGAGAGUACAGCUUCACUUGACUUCAUGGGAUCCAGCCAGGAGGAAAAUCUCAGCUGCUCAUCUAGUUCCACAUGAAAACAUUACCGUCACAUCAUUGGCAGAAAGUAGUAUGCAGCAUUCUGUACAACAUUUGAAGAAAAAAGUUGCCUGUUACCCUGUCAUGAUAAACACAUAGCUUAUUAUUGUAUUCUAAUUGAUGUAUUUCACUUUUAAGCAUGCACAGUAAAUAGUAAUAAAUUGCAACUAUAGU